AUGUUGAGUGGAGAUGACCAGCAAUCGCAGGCUCUUGCCAAACCUGCUUUCAGUGAGGCACAAGCCUCUGCAUUAGUGGAAUCGAUAUUUGGGCUAAAAGUUUCCAAGGUGGAACCGCUUCCCAGCUACGAUGACCAAAACUUUUAUGUGUACAUUUCACGAACCAAAGAAACUACAGAUGGUCCAACUGAAUAUGUUCUCAAAAUAAACAACACGGAGUCUAGCAAAACUCCAGACCUGAUUGAAGUGCAAAGCCACAGCAUCAUGUUUCUGAGAGCAUCGGGAUUUCCAACAGCCUCUAUGUGUCCAACGAAAGCGGACAACAUAACCUCUCUUGUAUCUGUAGACAGUGGCUCCGAGAUCAAAAGCUACUUGGUGAGGCUGAUGACUUUCCUCCCGGGCAGGAUCAUCGCGGACAUUCCCAUUGGCCCCCAGCUAUUAUACGACAUUGGAAGACUAGCUGCCAAACUGGAUAAGACACUGGAGAAAUUCCAUCACCCAAAGCUAAGUAUUCUUCGUCGGGGGAACUUCAUCUGGAAUCUGAAAAAUGUUCCUCUUCUGGAGAACUACCUGUGCGCCUUGGAGCAGAAUCGAAACCGGGAGAUUAUUGAGCAGGUCAUUCAGCUGUUCAAGGAAGAAGUAAUGACCAAGCUCAGUCAUUUUCGAGAAUGUGUCAAUCAUGGAGAUCUUAAUGACCACAACAUCUUAGUCGAGCCCAGCAAUUCAGCCUGUGGGGAUGCUGCCUACCAGGUGUCUGGGAUCUUAGACUUUGAUGACAUGAGCUAUGGCUACUAUGUGUUUGAAGUGGCCAUUACUAUCAUGUACAUGAUGAUAGAAAGCAAGACUCCCAUACAAGUGGGAGGUCAUGUCCUUGCAGGCUUUGAAAGCAUCAUCCCCCUGACAGCUGUAGAGAGGGGGGCUCUCUUCCUGCUGGUGUGCGGUCGCUUUUGUCAGUCGCUUGUCAUGGCUGCACACUCUUGCCAGCUACACCCGGAGAACAGAGACUACCUCAUGAUUACUGCAAAGACUGGCUGGAAGCACCUGCAGACCAUGUUUCACCUGGGCCAGAAAGCUGUAGAGGAAAUCUGGUUUGAAACGGCCAAGUCCUAUGAGUCUGGGAUCUCCUCGUGA